AUGUGAAUGGCAACAAAUAAUAAAUUUCAGAAAAAAAGAAAUUUAUUUGUUUAAAGAGUGGUUAGUUAUAGAUAUGACUUGAAAGCUAGUAAAAUAUUGUAUAAUUUCACAUAUAUAAUAUUCUAAAGAAACAGUCUGUUAUCCGGUGUGUAAAUUUGGAAUGAAAAAAGACAAAUGUUACCAACCAGUGUCUUCAGACUCCCCAUCUAAAGUGGAGGGGAAGAUGGGCAAAAAAGUGAGAAAGUGGGAAGUGUUUCCUGGUAAAAAUAAAUUUUGCUGUAAUGGAAGGAUCAUGAUGGCACGUCAGAAUGGAAUCUUCUAUUUCACUUGUACAUUGAUAAUUGCAACAUGUGGACUUUUCUUUGGAUUUGAUUGUCCAUAUUUAGCAGAGCAUGUGACUCCAGCUAUACCAGCAGUGGGUGGGGCAUUGUUUAUUUUUGUCAUGGCAACAUUAUUUCGCACAAGCUUCAGUGAUCCUGGAGUAAUUCCAAGGGCAACACCAGAUGAAGCUGCUGACAUUGAGAGACAAAUUGAUAUUCCUAACAGCUCAGUUCCUGGGGCAUACCGACCCCCUCCGCGUACUAAGGAGGUGGUGAUAAAAGGUCAAGUGGUCAAGCUGAAAUACUGCUUUACAUGUAAAAUAUUCAGGCCACCAAGAGCCUCACAUUGUAGCCUAUGUGAUAAUUGUGUUGAGCGUUUCGACCACCACUGUCCAUGGUUAGGGAACUGUGUUGGAAAGCGGAAUUAUCGCUACUUUUACUUGUUCAUAUUGUCAUUAUCCAUACUGUGUAUUUAUAUUUUCGCCUGUGUUCUCACACAUUUAAUUUUACGUUCCCAAGCUGAUAAUUUCCUUCAUGCAAUGAGAGAUUCUCCAGCUAGUAUUGUUGAGGCAAUUAUUUGUUUCUUUUCUGUGUGGUCUAUAAUUGGCCUGGCUGGGUUUCAUACCUACCUGGCAGCCAGCGAGCAAACAACUAAUGAGGAUAUAAAAGGCUCAUUUUCAUCUAAAAGAAAUCAAGAAAAUUUUAAUCCUUACAGUCAUGGUUCUAUAUUCAAAAAUUGUACAAGUGUUUUAUGUGGACCAAAUCCACCAAGUUUGAUUGAUAGAACAGGAUUAAUAGUUGCAGACAACUCACAAGUUCACCCGGUUAGUAAAGAUAGCUCGGUUAAAAGAGAUUAUUAUGGUUCAACCACAGUCACUAAACAAAAG